UCUCCGCUUGUUUCUGUUGUGUCAUUAUGUCUGGUCGUGGAAAACAGGGUGGCAAAGCACGCGCUAAGGCGAAAACCCGCUCCUCACGGGCCGGGCUCCAAUUCCCCGUGGGCCGAGUGCACCGGCUGCUUCGGAAAGGCAACUACGCCGAGCGAGUCGGGGCCGGGGCCCCGGUGUACCUGGCGGCGGUGCUGGAGUACCUGACGGCCGAGAUCCUGGAGCUGGCGGGCAACGCGGCCCGGGACAACAAGAAGACCCGCAUCAUCCCGCGCCACCUGCAGCUGGCUAUCCGAAACGACGAGGAGCUCAACAAGCUGCUGGGCAAAGUCACCAUCGCUCAGGGCGGCGUCUUGCCCAACAUCCAGGCGGUGUUGCUGCCCAAGAAGACCGAGAGCCACCAUAAGGCCAAGGGCAAGUGAACCUGCUUAGAUCUCGGUGUGUCGCUACAAUCUUUUACCCAAAGGCUCUUUUAAGAGCCAUCCACAUUUUCACAUUUAAAAGAGCUCGUAAACAGUAUUCUGGUCUUCGCGUUAUAAUACUUAGAUUAAAGCUAUCGGAUAGAUACUACGGCAUGUUUACCCGAAGUUAUCUUUUCUUCCUGACGGGACUGCUCCAAAUGUGAUUCAGGGAAAUAAAUUUAUACGGGAAAGUGGGUAGUUUGAAGAGCAAGGGUAACGUUCACAAAAGAUGGAGUGGCUGUUUCCCCAGAGAAAAAGGAAACAUUUGUAUGGCGCCAAAAAAUGCGGGUAGUGGUCUGGAAUGUCGGGCUACGUGUUUUGAAACAGCAAGACGAAAGGACCGCUGGGAUCAGCGCGGGCUUUUCAAAUCAAUUACUGUUCACUGGUGCCGAAUGGAAACCUGGCGAUAGGGUGAAGUAGAAAAUGAUAGCUUUUUUUUUUUUGAAUUGAAUUUUUUAUUAGAAAAAAUG